UCCCGUGACCUUUUUUUAAGAUAACCUUUUUUAAGAUUUCAUGAUUUUAAAUAUACAUUUAAUUAAUUAUAUUAAAAAAAUUUUACGAUUUUAAAACCAUGGACAAUGAAAAAAUUUACAGUAGGAUUAUAUUAUCACAAAAAAAAGAAAUAAUUAUAAUUAUAAAAUCAUGCUUUAAAAAAAAAAAUUAUUGUUUUAUUAAUUUCAAAAAAAAAAAAAAAGAUUUAGAAUUUGUUAUAAAAAUAUACACAUUAUGUUUUUUUUUACCACAUGAGAAAAAAAAUACAAAUCAAUUACAAGAUUAAAAAAAAAUGUAAAUAAUAUCUAGGUCUAGACUUUUUAUAUAUAUAUACACCU